AUGUGCGUUUUAGGUGAUGCUGUGGAUAACUCUGGGCGAUCGAUGAUGAACAAAAGAGGAGAAGAGCGGAUAACAUUAAGCGGCCUCUUCAACUAUGUUGUUAUCUCGAGUAACGAUUUCGCAUUUCUCAUCAAAGAAUCUGAUCUACGAUCAUUGUGUCUUGAGGCAAACAAUGAUAUGACUGGAAACAUAGAGUUCUUUUACAAAUAA